AUGGCAUACAACAAAUCGUCCUCAAUUGGUACUUCGAAUGGAAGACAAAUAUCUAGAUUUGGUUGCAAUCAGGUCAUGAAGAUUUGGGUCUCAAAUACGUCGAAAAAUCCCAAGAGGAAAUUUUGGAGAUGCAGGAAUUGGCAAAAGACAAGAAUUAGCUGCGAUUUGUUUAUUUGGGAUGAUGAGCUUGAUGAAAUUGAGUGGAAAUCUGGAAUUAAGAUAGUUGACAAUAACUUAGCAAGUGAUUGCAACAAAGGGGAAGACAUGAUUGGUUCCCUGAGAGAGUUUGGAAAGGAAUUUGCAAAGGAUUUUGGGAAGGAGUAUGCCAAGGAAUCUUGA